UCGAGACCAAGGAGCUGUGGGACAAGUUCCACGACCUGGGCACCGAGAUGAUCAUCACCAAGACCGGCAGGCGCAUGUUCCCGACGUGCCGCGUGUCGUUCACGGGCGUGCGCGCCGAGCAGCGGUACGCGGUGCUGAUGGACAUCGUGCCGGUGGACAACAAGCGCUACCGGUACGCCUACCACCGCUCGUCGUGGCUGGUGGCCGGCAAGGCGGACCCGCCCGCGCCCUGCCGCCUCUACAUGCACCCCGACUCGCCUUUCACCGGCGAGCAGCUGCGCAAGCAGGUCGUCUCCUUCGAGAAGGUCAAGCUCACCAACAACGAGAUGGACAAGAACGGACAGAUCGUGCUGAACUCGAUGCACCGCUACCAGCCGCGCAUCCACCUGGUCAAGUGGCGAGAGCACGGCGGGCCCAUCACCGACCUGGAGAGCGAGCAGUACCGCACCUACAUCUUCCCCGAGUCCGUGUUCACCGCCGUCACCGCCUACCAGAACCAGCUGAUAACGAAGCUGAAAAUAGACAGCAAUCCUUUUGCUAAGGGUUUCAGGGAUUCAUCAAGGUUAACAGAUUUUGAUAGGGAUCCGAUGGACGCGAUGUUCGUGGACCAGCACUUCCUGCGCUCCCCCGCACUGCGGCUGUACUCGGAGAUGGACGCCGAGAACAACAACGCGGCGGCGGCGGCGGCUGCAGCGGCGGCGGCAGGAGGCAGCGCGGGCUUCUUUUCGGCCGCCAUGAUGGAGAAGGCACGCGCGCACCUGUCACUGUGGGGGCGGCCCUACUCGCCCGCGGAGCUGCACGCGCUGCUGGGGGCGGCGGCGGUGCAGUCGCCCCCUCUGUGGGCUGCCGCCUCCGGCGCGGGGCCCGGCGCGCCGCGCAUGCCGCCGCUGCCGCUGGCCGGUCACCUCUGGGCUGGGGGCGGCGCCCCGGCGCCAAUCCCGCCGCCCGCGCCGGCCGCGCCGGCCCCGGCGCCGCAGUCGUCGUGGUCGGUGCUGUCGCCGCCGCCGACGUCUUCGUCGAGCUCGUCGGGGUCGCCGUCGCCGUCGUCGGCCGGGGCGGCGGAGCUGCGGCUGCCGCGGCCCGUCUUCCCGCAGCGCUUCAGCCCCUACCCGCUGGUGGCGGCGCCGGUGCCCGUGCCGGCGGCCAAGCAGCUGUCGCCUCCCGCCGCGCCGCCCACAGGCCCGCAAGACCACCGCGCCAACUGA